GGGCCGGGGCGGGACAAUCCGGCUGGUUCCCGGCCAUCCGCGGCUCGGCGGCGACGGCGACAUGGAGAGCGGGGCCUAUGGCGCGGCCAACGCGGGCGGCUCCUUCGACCUGCGGCGCUUCGUGUCGCAGCCUCAGGUGGUGACGCGCCUCGUGAGCAUGGUCUUGGCCUUGAUCGUGUUCUCCUGCAUCUUCGGUGAGGGCUACACCAACAUCCACACAUCUGAGCAGCUACACUGUGUGUUCAACCAGAAUGAGGACGCCUGUCGCUACGGCAGUGCCAUUGGGGUGCUGGCCUUCCUGGCCUCAGCCUUCUUCCUGGUGGUUGAUGCCUUCUUCUCGCAGAUAAGCAACGCCACUGACCGCAAGUACCUGGUCAUUGGUGACCUGCUCUUCUCAGCUCUCUGGACCUUCCUGUGGUUUGUUGGUUUCUGCUUCCUGACCAACCAGUGGGCAGCCACCAAAGCUGAAGACGUGCGGAUGGGAGCGGACUCGGCUCGGGCCGCCAUCACCUUCAGCUUCUUCUCCAUCUUCUCCUGGGUAGGUGGGCGGGGAGGGCAGUCUCCCCCACCCACCCACAGGGUGUGCUGGCUUCCCUGGCCUACCAGCGCUACAAGGCUGGAGUGGAUGCCUUCAUUCAGAACUACGUGGACCCCACCCCGGAUCCCAAUGCCUAUGCCUCCUACCCUACUGCCUCUGUGGAAAACUACCAGCAGCCACCCUUCACCCAGAAUGUGGAGACUACUGAGGGUUACCAGCCUCCCCCUGUGUACUGAGCAGCCAGCGACAAAGAGGCAGGGAGGGUGCUUGGGGGGCCGCCCCUCUGCCCUGGACUUCUCUCAAGGUUUGCUGCUCAGAACUGCUGUCCCUUGCCUGUUACAAUUGACAGCCAAAGAGUCCACGCCUUUCUGCAUCCCAGCUGCAGCCAGACAGAGCACAUCUGAAGUGCCCAUGCCCAGAGGGGCCUCACCACCCAAUCCUCCAGGGCAUUUUUGAGGAGAGGGCUUUUACUAGAUCUUUUUAUUCCCUACCCUAGUACUGUAGACAGAACCCAGGGCCUUGGAUUCGCUUAACCAUCCUCUGCUCCUUGUUGCUUUAAUAACCCUGAGCCCCUUCUCAGAGCCAGAAGCAGGUGCCUGCUAGCGCUGUUCUUGACGUGCCAGUUCCCCCACAGCUGGAGGCCAUGGGAGCCCUGACUUUUUUCUCCAAAGACAAACUUGGGGAUCCUCGUGCCUGUCUCCUCAGAGUGCUGGGUCCCCAUGUCCGUCCUCACUCAGGUUCAGUACCCAGCUUCAUCUGGGCUCCAUGCUCUCUGUGCCUUCUGGGGUCACUACUGUGCCAACGGUCCCCAGGCUGCCUGCCUGCCAGCUGUGGGGCAGGCAGAGGUACUAAAUACCACUUCCUUCUUGCUCCUGUCCACCCCUGGCAGAAGAGUUGGGAUUUGCCUGGAGACAACACCCAGCUUUAUGUAAAUAUUCCCAAGCAGCUGUUAGAUACUAAUGGGGAGGGCAGGAACCCCUGCACUGAAUGUAUUGGAGACUUGGUGGGGACACCCCUGCCCUCAGGUUCUGUAGACUAGUUUGGAGAUGGAAUAAACAUUUUUCUCA